GAAGAAACUAUGGAGUCUGACGGUGAAGCUGAAACAGUUUCUGAAGCGGACAAGACCGAAGAACUGGCCAGUUUUUCUCGUGUUUCCGCUGUUGCCACAGAGUGGAUGUUGGACUUUCUGUUUAUUACGUUAUGUCGGCGCUUUAAGGAGGGAAACCUCGAUGAAUUCAGUAAGACGCUUUCAGUUGUUGAGGCUAUUUCUCAGGAUGAUUGUCUGAAAGGAGCUGCUCAUAAAGAUAAAAUACUGAUAUGUGCCUUCCUAGCAAGAGUCAUGCACGGAAAAGAACUGGAUGUCCAGUUUGAAGAGGGAAACUCUGCGAUGCCUCUGACGUCUGCUGCCAAAUUAUGGUCGGACCUCAAACACACUGUGGACGAUGACAGUUUGUUCCAAAGCGUCACCGUUCUUUUGCUCGUCCAGUCUGUGGCUGUCUGCCUUGAGCAAGGCAGCAAGUCCUCGGCCUCCUCUGCCCUUAAGUGGUUGGAAAAGUCCCGUGAAUGUCCGCAGAACGUAAGAGUUAAGCUGACAACUGUCGUGACAAAGAUGGAAACUUACCACCCAUUGCUCAGGAGCUUCAGCUUCGACCGCCUGCUGGAGUCGAUCCAGUCCUACUUGGAUACAUACUUGAAGAAGAAUCCAUCUGAUUAUCUUCUCAAGGCAGCUACAGAGGUGGUCCAGUCCUCUCCAGACAUGGAGGAUGAGGUGUCGCAGGACAGUAAUUGCUCAAACUCAAAUAAAUCAGUGCAGAAGAAUAAAAAAUCAAAACGGAAACUACUGCCUUCUGCAAGUUCUGAUUUCUGGAUUCCCGAUGCCAUCAAGAGGUCUUCUGUUUCCGUGAAACGACUCUCCAGACAAGAGUUAUUUCAGGUGACAUCUGCGAAGUCCAUGGAUACUUCCAGGGUGAUUAAUAAAAGAAAAGCACGUGAAAAAUGGACCCCCCGCCUGGAUAAACGUCUUGAAGAUGGUGUAAAAUGUCACGGAGUGGGAAAGUGGUCUCUCAUCCUAAAGGAUUAUGACUUUGAAGGACGUACUGGCACGAUGCUUAAAGACCGCUGGAGGGUUUUAUUGAAUGCGCACUUGAAGUGAGGUGAAGAAAGAAGAGCCCCGCCCCCAUUCAGUGUAUUGUAGUUUGUAAAAAAAAUGACUCGUGCCGUGGUGUAGUUCUUUCAGCCAAUUUGUGUGUGUGUGUAUUUUUCUGAAAAGUUCUCAGCUUUGUUGUACCAUGGUUUGCUAAUUUGUGUUUUUAUCCAUUUUACCACAAGAGGGCGCC